AUGCGAGACUUGCUCUGGAGUGAUCCAAAAGAGACCAAGGGAUACGAAGAAAAUAAGCGUGGCGCCGGUACUAUGUAUGGUCCGGACAUUGUGCAAAAGUUCAUGAUGAAGAAUAAACUCACUCUUGUGGUUCGCUCACAUGAGUGCGUUCCACAAGGUUUCGACUGGCCGUACAGAGAAAAAGGUAUGCUAGUUACACUGUUCUCGGCAUCCAACUAUUGUGGUAAGGCAAAUAAUCUUGGCUGCUUUAUGCACAUUCCUUCGGGAAGGGGCAAACCCGCGUUUUUCCAGUAUAUGGCAAAUGCCGAGAGUCGCGACAUGGCUGUGUCCAACUUAGAUGCACUUUUCUCGCUCAUCGUGCAGUACCGGUCUGAUUUGGUCCAGGAGUUUGAGGAAUUUGAUGAGGAGGAAUCCGGAAAGGUUACGGUUGAGGUGUGGGGUGCUAUUAUGGAAGACGUGUUGGAUUUGUCAUUGGAUUGGCACGCUCUUCAGCCGCUAUUGACUGCGCUAGACGAAGAAGGUUUGGUACCAUACAAUGAUUUCCUGGACCGAUAUAAUGCUACAGGUACCGUAACAUGCACCGAUGAUGACGAAAAUACCGAUAUAGUCGGCACAGAGCAGCGCAGCGCCUUCAAUUCGCUGUAUCGCCACCGCUCACGACUAGAAGCUCUGUUCCGUGUGCUUGACCGCGACGGCAACGGUACCAUUUCUGUAGACGAGCUAGAAAACGGCAUCAAGUUGCUAAACGAACACUUGCCUCCCGGAGCCAAGCCGUUCAGCACUAACGGCAUGGAUUACAUGCGCAUGAUGGACUUUAGCCACGACAACGAAAUCAACAUCAACGAGUUUAUGGAGGGCUUUCGUAUCAACGCAACUCUUACUGUUCAUGCGAAAUGGAAACGCGCGCGCAAGAAAAUGAAAGCGCUCAGUGCUAUGGGCGCUUUGCAUGGUCUCUCGCUACCUAGUCACGCGACCGCAGCUGCUUCAGGGAGUUCUGGUGAAGCAGCACAAACGGACGAAACCGACGAGACAUCCGAAGUAGUUCACCGCGAAUCAAGCACGUCUGAUCCGGAUCUCAAGGCGUCUCGCUCGCGUGCCCCUGCACCUUGGAUGUUCGAGCAACAUGGCAGUGUGCAGGUUAUUGCACCCGUUAUCUCAGGAACUAGUUCGGGUAAGGAUGGAGAUGACUCUGAAGAAGGCGAAGAAGUCGACAGUGUGCAGGUUAUUGCACCAGCUAUCCCAGCAACAGGUUUGGGUGAGGAUUGCGUUGCGGACGAAGCCGGUUUCGAAGAAGGCACAGGAGUCGGCAGUGUGCAGGUUAUUGCACCGGUUGUCUCAGCAACUGGUUUGAGCAAGGAUGAAGAUGGCUCUGAAGAAGGCGAAGAAGUUGACAGUGUGCAGGCUAUUGCAUCGGUUACCUCAGCAACUGGUCUGGGUAAGAAUUGCGUUACGAACGAAGAUGACACUGAAUCAGGGGCAGAAGUUGACAGUGUGCAGGCUAUUGCAUCGGUCACCUCAGCAACUGGGUUGGGUAAGAAUUGCGUUACGAACGAAGAUGACACUGAAUCAGGGGCAGAAGUCGACAGUGUGCAGGUUAUUGCACCAGUUGUCUCAGCAACUGGUUUGAGCAAGGACGAAGAUAGCUGUGAAGAAAACGCAGAGGUCGGCAGUACUUGCUGA